AAGGAGGAAAAGGAGGAGGACGAGGAGGACGAGGAGAGCGAGGAGGAAAAGGAGGAGGACGAGGAGGACGAGGAGGGCGAGGAGGAAAAGGAGGAGGACGAGGAGGGCGAGGAGGAAAAGGAGGACGAGGAGGACGAGGAGGGCGAGGAGGAAAAGGAGGAGGACGAGGAGGGCGAGGAUGGCGAGGAGGAAAAGGAGGAGGACGAGGAGGGCGAGGAGGAAAAGGAGGAGGACGAGGAGGACGAGGAGGGCGAGGAGGAAAAGGAGGAGGACGAGGAGGGCGAGGAGGAAAAGGAGGAGGACGAGGAGGGCGAGGAGGAAAAGGAGGAGGACGAGGAGGGCGAGGAUGGCGAGGAGGAAAAGGAGGAGGACGAGGAGGACGAGGAGGGCGAGGAGGAAAAGGAGGAGGACGAGGAGGGCGAGGAUGGCGAGGAGGAAAAGGAGGAGGACGAGGAGGACGAGGAGGGCGAGGAGGAAAAGGAGGAGGACGAGGAUGGCGAGGAUGGCGAGGAGGAAAAGGAGGAGGAGGAGGGCGAGGAGGAAAAGGAGGAGGACGAGGAGGGCGAGGAGGAAAAGGAGGAGGACGAGGAGGGCGAGGAGGAAAAGGAGGAGGACGAGGAGGUCGAGGAGGGCGAGGAGGAAAAGGAGGAGGAGGAGGAGGACGAGGAGGGCGAGGAGAAAAAGGAGGAGGACGAGGAGGACGAGGAGGGCGAGGAGGAAAAGGAGGAGGACGAGGAGGGCGAGGAGGGCGAGGAGGAAAAGGAGGAGGACGAGGAGGACGAGGAGGGCGAGGAGGAAAAGGAGGAGGACGAGGAGGGCGAGGAGGAAAAGGAGGAGGACGAGGAGGGCGAGGAGGGCGAGGAGGAAAAGGAGGAGGAGGAGGAGGGCGAGGAGGAAAAGGAGGAGGACGAGGAGGGCGAGGAGGGCGAGGAGGAAAAGGAGGAGGGCGAGGAGGAAAAGGAGGAGGAGGAGAAGGAGGAGGACGAGGAGGGCGAGGAGGAAAAGGAGAAGGACGAGAAGGGC